UUAGCAGCUCAGCCGUCCACAGCAGCCUGAUGUCUCAGUCGGUGGGCGAGGAGGAGGGAAGGGGCUGCUGCUGAAAAACGGGCUGCGCAUUUCUCCCGCGGGCUUUUUAUAUCGACCGACUUGACAACAUCCUCCUCCCGACGAUGCUCGACGCAGAUGUUGCAGCACGGAGCGGGUCUGCCGGAGGAGCGCGGUGCUUUGCGUCGCCCUGCAUGUGCAUUUUAACGCAGUUAUCCAUCCUCGUCGUCAUCUAAUCAAACGGCGUCACAUGCAGCUGAAAAGCUCUUUAACGGAUCAGAUCAAAUGUCUCUGGGUGAAUGCAGCAGCCCACAGGAUUUGGUACAACACCGGAGGCCAGCAUGCCUGGAUCACAGGACGUUUCUAUAACGAAUACGAAACAAAGUUAUUAGAUUUUGUCUCUUAACAUAAAUUCAAAGACUCAGCCAUGGGAGACGAGAGCAGCCUGUCCCGGCAGGUAGAGAGUGUGGAGAGGAGCGUGGUCUUCUUAAGACAGGAGCACCUCACUUUACUCCACGGCCUCCACCUGGAGAUCCUCUCCCUGCAGAAACGAUGCUCAGAGUUGACAAGUGAGCUGAAGGUGAAGCCUCCAGGCAGAAGCCAAAUAGAGUUACAGGAGGAAGAGGAGCUCCUGGAUGUCCAAUGUCGGCAUGUGGAAAACCGUCUAGCCGAGCGGGAAUGCACCUUAGGAGAGCUUCGUACGGAGCUGAGUCAUAAAGGGGUUUUGGUGGGAGCCCUCAGAGCAAAUCUCAAGGAAAAGGAGCGCCAUUUCCUGGAGGAGCUUAAACGCCGUAGCCACUGCUCAACCAUCCUCAACACAGAGCUGCAGAAACAAACAGAGGCAGCAGCGUAUCUCUCCUUCCAGCUGCAUGCUGCCAGGCAGAAACUACACCACCAGCGGAUGCAGCAGAGGCAGGGACUCCUCAGCAGAGCCAACAGCCAGGGGGCCCAGUAUGGUGCCGAGCAGAACUCCUUUUCAUCCCCGCUGAUGCCGUCAGGAGCCUCCCCUUCGUCUCCUGUGGUCAAACCCAAACGUAGGAGUGCAAGGGCAUCUUCGAGGGUGGAGCGUGCUCGCGAGUGUGUCCCCAUUGAGAAAGUGAUGGGCCCCGCAGAGCCCACAGCCAUGCCCGACCCUGCACUUUUCCUCCACCCUCGAAGGCACAGGGCUCGCUCCCGGCACACUGUGGCACAGAGACAACCUCCACUGGGCCUGGAGAGGGAGGAUGAGGAGGAAGGAGGAGGGGAGGGGCCAGUAGAGCCCCAGGAAGAAACCGUCAGACUGGUUUGUUCAGCUGCAGCGCCCCCUGCUGCUGAAACAAAGGCAGAUUAGCAACAACUGUGACCUGGGCCUCUGACUCCAGCUUGAUUACUGAUUAUCCUCUGUCGGACUGUUUCUGCUGUUUACUGUUCUCCUGCACCUUGACUGAACUGAGACUGGUUUUAGCUUUUAAAUUAUAUUACACUUAUAGUGGACACUUUUUAAAAUGUGGACUUUCAUAUAACCUUAAAUUACUUUGAAACAAAACUCAGUAAAUGUCACUUUAAGUCAGUCUUAAAUGAAGUUGGAUUAACUAUCUGUUUACACUGGUGUCACAUUCUCAGUAUACUGUGGGGCCUUAUUUCAAAGCAACCCCUUUCACAUGUGUUGGGAUGGUGAGCUUGAAAGAAAAGUAGCAGCCAUUUUAUUUCCAGUCCUGUUGUGUGGCCCACCCAACUGUGACCCUUCAAGGCCGACCGUAAAUCAACCAUGUGACCAAAUGUUUGCGUGUUGGCCCCUGAGGGAGGCACAGCUGCAAAUAACUGAAAUGGGCGUGCAAUUCUUUGUUUGUCCUCCAUGUGAAAAAAAAUACUCAUUUAAAUGAAGUGAGUUCCCAUUUUGUUCAAACAACAUCAGACAGACCAGUUAUUAUUGUUUGAUUUAUCAUUUAUAGGAAAGCACAUCCCCACGCACGUUUGUAUUAUAUUUUAUAACAACUCUUUAUUUGGUUGAAGGUGCACAUGACAAAAAGGAAUUUUAACUUAGAAAUAAUUCUGUUGUUUUGUUUAAACCCCGAUUGACUGUUUCACGAAACAGAAUCAGUUAUAUCUGCAACAGCUUAUCAUAUAUAUGAUAUAUGACACCAAUAGCAAAAAGCAAUACUUCUGGAAACACGAUUUGAGGGGAAAUUGUAUUUGACACUCAACCUCAUUAUAAUCUGUGUACAAGGUAUAGAUUGCAGGUAAAUGUAGCAACAAUAGCAUCAGCUUGCUAGCCAUAAGUUCAAGUUACUUCAGGAAAAUUUAAAUAUUGACUUUAAAGUCUUAAUUCUACAACUUUUUUUCGGUAUGUUAUACUUUAUAGAAAUACACUCAAUCGCAUUGUCGUAUACAUACAAAUGACUCUAGAGUGAUUGCGAUCUAAUUUUUCAUUAAUCAAACAUCUGUAAAAGAGGAACAGCUUUUUCUUGAAAGACUUUUAUAAACACCAGUAUUAACUAGAGGACAGAUCAGUUUUGGCGAAUGGAAAAAAACCAGAAUAUUUAACAUUUUUCUUCCUACCACAAGAUACACUCUGACGCACACAUGUGCUGCUAUCAAUCUGCUUAGGCCACUUUAGGUGAUAAUAAGUUCUGACUCAUUCAACCAUGUGUCACUCUCAGGUGAGGUUUGUGUACUAAACAACACGCACAACCAGAAGGCUACUACUACUUCAAGUUUGUGUUUGAAGAUGCUGUGAUGGGGUUUCUUUUCACCUCAGGAAAAAAAAAUGGACAAAAAAACAGAACAAGACUGGAGUUUUUUUUUUUUUGUUUUUUUUUUCCUUUUAACUGAAGCAGGAUCUGAUCUGUUUGAAAAGAUCCUCGAAAUAGAGGUGUCAAACAUCACACUGGGACAGAGACUGUGUACUGUCAAUGACAGGAUGGCAGGCUCAGCAGAUAGCUGUUGAAGCGUGUGUGUGUGUGUGUGUGUAGUAGGUGUGUGUGUUAUGAAAACACAAGCUCAUGGUGGCCUCUAGUGUAACAAGGAGCAAAUGGCACCUUUGAAAAAAGUGGGUAACACUUUAACAGACUAUAUAUUUUUCAAGGUAUACAAUGCUUUUAUGUUACUGCUGACAUGUCUUAGAGCUGAUUAGGGUUAAUUUUUCCAUGAAGUCCUUUUGCAAUGAAUGCCUUAUGACAGAGGAGCUGAGACUCAGAUAUGACGUUUGGAAACUGAAGAGAGAUUUCUUUACCCCAGUGUUGUGUCCUUUUUUGUUUUACUUUUAAAAGACUCACUGGGAUUCAAACUGCAGUGUGUGUUAAGUUGUGUCACAGUCUGUCUAUACGUGAGCCAUGACGUAUCUCAGCAUCAGUGACUGCAGUCUCUGGAACGAGCCUUCCUGUAAGACUGAAUUGAAGUACCACAAGUUGCUGUUGUUAUGUUUCAGUAGUAUAUCUUUAAUAAGCAAUAUAUCGGUAUAUUUAAAUAUUGUUAGGAGGUAACUUUAAGGUGGUUGAAGAACAUCCUAGGUGUUAUUUUAUGAUUGUUUAAUUUUGUAUUUUAUAACUGUUAAGCUCUGUAUGUUUUACUUAAUAUUUUUCUGAAUUAUUUAUUGAGUUGUUUUGUUUUGUUUUGCAAAGUUCUGUUGAUUGUCUACUGAAUUGUCACCUGAUUAAUGAUGUUGCAUUUUAUAGGAGUGACAUCCUUACAUUACAGUAAGCGUUCAGUGACAUGCUGCAUGUGAAGCAGCAUUGAGCUGGUGAGUGUAUUAUAACUAUAAUAUCAAGUAAGACUGGCGGGAUGAAAAUGAAACUGAACACUUUUUUUCUUUUUGAGCCAAAAAUGCAAAUGUGAAAAGUGUUUUCAUUCCUCUCUCAGCUGGUAAGCCAUUAGCAUGACAGUGUGCACUAUUAUAGGGGAGAGAAGGGGAUAAAAGAAUAAAGCAGUUUUGAAGAAAACUUUUUUUUUUCCCCACCAGGAAUCCUGAGCUUAGACUGUUAGACUUCAUGACUUCAUUACCGAUGGAUUUAAUCCAAAUGACGCGCAAGCUAGUUUAGACUCUUCAUUUACCUUUCAUAAUUCAAUCCUGCAUACCACAUUGACGCCUCAUAUCAUAUUCAAGAGUAACUUAAAACGGGUGUUGUGUUACUUGGAUAGAUAAUCAAUGCUGUAUGCAUCUUUGUAUGAGACAUGUUUGCCUGCUUACGAGCCAAAGAGGCCCGCCACUGAAAUUACCAUGAAGACAAAUAGUGUGGUGUUGUAUUGAAGAUGUCUUAUAAUGAAAAUGUGUUCUUUAAAAGAGAAAAUCUUAACCACUUGAUAUGUCUUUUCUACUUUUCAGAGCAACCACAUAAAAUCAAGCAUCACUUAUAGACCCAUUCCCACAGAGAAUGUCUUCCAUCUUCCUUGACACCAAAAUAAUAACCCCAAUACUCUUAAUGAUAACAAAUAUCAGCAGCAGCGUCUGGUCUCUUUCAUGAGAUCAUAAAUGUUAAUUUUGCAUCUUAGAGACAUUUCAGUGGUCUGUAUGUGGCACCAUGAAGCAUCUUGUUCGACAUGUUGUCUCUAGCAAUAAUGCUGUGUGGUAGCUGACUUAAUGCUCUGGGUUGUCGUACACUUUGAUGAGCAAAAGCUAUUGACUUAUUACCGCAUAUACUGUGUAAGCUUCCUAUAGUGAUCUACUGUACACAUAAUUGGAAUAAAAUGAAGGAUUGUCUUAA